GAAAAGCCCAAACAGACUCGUGUGCAGAAAGAGGCAGAGCCUGUACGCAGUUGUUCAUUGGAGGCGUCGUCUAUAAAUACACAAACAACACAUUGCUGCAGCUUUUCACCUGUCUUUCACGAUCACGUUCAGAAACGUCUGCAACGCGAAGAGACGACACAUCGUUUUCACUCUGUGGCAAGUUAUGAGAGGGAGUGCGCGAGCUCCAGCCUCCAGUGUGCAAACAAAUGUGUGCAAGACUCCGCAGAGCAGACUGGUGCUGCUGUUGACUUCUCUGAAACACUGCGAAGAUUUGUAAACACUGCGCCUUUUCAACACAAGAAAGUGUCUUCCUGAAGGGGCGAUUGCUGAGUGUGUGGACAUUCUUUGGACACCCGUGACGUGCACACACAUGGCCCAUCGUGUACAUGACCACCAGAGCCGUCUGCCCGUGGCGCAGGCCACGGUGCUGGCUCUGCCACCGUCCAGCCAAGCAAAGGACUUGAGGCCCAGAUUUACUGCUCUGGACUCACUGCUGUGUGGUGCGUUUGCCGGAGCUGUGGCCAAAACAGUCAUUGCACCACUGGAUCGUACCAAGAUCAUUUUCCAAGUGUCCUCAAAAAGAUUCUCUGCUAAGGAGGCGUUCAGGGUCCUUUACUGUACAUUCAUGAAGGAUGGGCUACUCAGUCUGUGGAGGGGAAACUCCGCCACCAUGGUUAGGGUCAUGCCCUAUGCUGCCAUUCAGUUCUCGUCUCAUGAACAGUAUAAAACACUGCUUGGGGGUUACUAUGGCUACCAAGGAAAAGCGCUGCCUCCUUUCCCACGUUUCCUGGCUGGCUCUCUGGCCGGCACAUCUGCUGCUAUGCUUACUUACCCGCUGGACAUGGUGCGAGCCAGGAUGGCCGUCACUGCCAGAGAAAUGUACAGCAACAUCAUGCACGUUUUCGUGCGCAUCUCCCAAGAGGAAGGGGUGAAGACACUUUACAGAGGUUUCACUCCCACCAUUCUGGGUGUCAUCCCAUACGCAGGAAUCACGUUCUUCACAUAUGAGACCCUAAAGAAGCUGCACACGGAAAAAACGAAGCGAUCUCAGCCUUACCCUCAUGAGCGUCUGGCCUUUGGUGCCUGCGCAGGCCUCAUUGGUCAGUCGGCCGCAUACCCGCUGGACAUUGUGCGGAGGCGGAUGCAGACUGCUGGUGUAACCGGCUCCUCUUACAGCACAAUUCUGGGAACCAUGCGUGCGAUUGCAACACAAGAAGGAGUGAUCAGGGGACUAUACAAAGGCCUCAGCAUGAACUGGGUGAAGGGGCCCGUCGCAGUGGGGAUUAGCUUCACCACAUUUGACAUCGCGAACAACCUUCUGCUCAAGCUGCAUCAGAUGGGCUACUUCACCCAGAGUUAGUUUGGACGGAGCAACAGGGGGAGGAGAGUAACGGCACAGAUGAGACUGCUGAAGUCUGUCACAUGGCAACGGUGUCUGCACUUGGAGCAGGGACACUCUGCAGAACACUGCUUUAGACGCGAUGUCGUGGAGUCGGCGUAUAUUUCUAGACACGCAAACACGAGCGUUUGUAGCAAAAAUGUGUCUUUGAGUCUCUGCUCGUCCCACUUUUGCUUUGAAAUCAUGGACGUCUUCAUGGUGGAUGAAGUGAAACAGUUGAUGGAAAAUGACGAAGAGGUUUGUGUUGGUUUAAUACAUUAGGCUUGCACUUUAUUGGACCUGCAAUGUUCUUUCAUCUUAAUCCUGAAUCAGCUGAGAGAACAGGGUUUUAAACGGCAGUAUUGUUGUAAACAUGACUUUCUAUCACAUUUUCUUUUGGAUUUUUUUUUUUUAAAUAAUCUGAUGUUGUCAGAUAUAUGAUUUGCACCUGGUAACAAAACUGGGAUUAUGUAAAUUGGUGCCUGUGUGCAUUUGAUGGAACAAAUGACUGUAAGAGGCUAAUGAUCAUGUCAGCAGGACUGCACUGUUCGACGAGAGUGUGUGUGUGUGUGAAAGUAUUAACAUCCAAAAAGUGGAGGAUAAUCAAAUAUGGCAAAUAAAUAACAGAUGUUGGUUUAUGUGCAUAUAUUAAGAGUUAUGAAUAAUGUACGUUUUAUGCUGUCCCUACACUGCAGUGCAUAUCCCAUCAUAGCUUUUGCUUUAGUGUUAGGCACAGUUGAAAUAAAAAUAUAUAAACAUGCCAAAGCCCUUAACUCGGUACAGUUAAUAUUUAACUAACGGUGGUAUUAAGUAAGGAAUCAUCAUGCUUUAUUUACCAUGUAUAUACUCUUCAAAUGUGCAGUAUUUCCAAACAUGAUAUGUUUGCGUUUGUGCUAAUAAAGUUUCCAUCCACA